AAAAAUUAAGAUAGCUUGACAGAAAUUGACGGCUGAAGCAAGCAAAAGCAAAAGGAAGGAAGACUCUCUUUCUCUUGAAAAAUGGCGAGCCGUGGUAGUGGUUCUGUUAGGAGAGUCCCAGAAGCUGAAGCUGCAAUUACCUAUGUUCAGUGCGAUGGGUUGGCGGUGAUGAAAAUUGUGAAGCACUGCCAUGAGGAAUCAUGCAGCAACAUGGAAGUUGCCCAGGGGGCUCUGCUGGGUCUUGUGGUGGAGAACAGGCUGGAGAUAACCAACUGCUUCCCGUUUCCGAAGCACGAUGACACAAUGGACGAAGAGGAGUAUCAGUUGGACAUGAUGCGGAGGCUGAGGAGAGUCAAUGUUGAUCAUUUCCAUGUUGGAUGGUAUCAGAGUGCGGAUGUUGGUAACUUCCUCAGUCAGUCUCUUCUCGAGUCACAGUACCACUACCAGACCUCGAUCGAGGAGAGUGUCGUCGUUAUCUACGACACUAAGAAGUCUGCCAGGGGUUUCCUCACCCUGAAGGCCUAUCGUCUUACUCCUCAGGCGAUAGCUAUGUACAAGGAAGGCGAUUACACCCCCGAAGCACUGCGCAACCUGAAGAUCGGCUAUGAGAGCCUGUUCAUCGAAGUGCCCAUAGUGAUCCGUAACUCACCGCUCACCAACAUCAUGAUGUCAGAGUUGCAGGAGAUGAUGCCGGAGGAGGAGGGCUCCAAGUUCCUUGACUUGGGCACUGCAUCUGUUCUUGAAGGCCAACUGCGCAGUCUAAUGGAGCGCGUCGACGAGCUGAACCAAGAGGCGAUCAAGUUCAACCGCUACCAGCAGCUGGUGGUGCGCCAGCAGCAGGACAAGCACCGCUGGCUGGUGAAGCGGGCGCAGGAGAACGCCGCCCGGGCCGCCAAGGACGAGCCGCCGCUACCUGAGGAAGACGUCAACAAGCUGUUCAAACCACACCCCGUACCACCCAGGCUGAACCCCAUGAUCGUCGCGGGCCAAAUCAACACGUACAGCCAGCAUAUUAGCUCGUUCUGCUCACAGAGCUUGGCUAAGUUGUAUUUGGCUCAGGCGUUGCAGAACGCUAAAGAGUCGAAGCAAACUACGUAGGUUUUGUAAUGAAUAAAAUUUGGAUGGAAAUA